GCACAACCAGCAUGGACCCGGUCACGUUCCCGCGCAAGGCAGACAAGCCCCUCGUCAAGGUCACGACGCCGUUUGGCGAGGAGGGCGCCGUCUGGAUCGUCGAGAUGAUGAACUUGCCCGACAACCGCCUGUUGCCUACCUUCAUCGCCGACUCGCUCCUCCCUGCGCUCGACUACGUCGAGCUCGCCUGGCACCGUGCCGCCAAGAAGGGCAACAACAAGGGCGGCGCGCUCGUCCUCACCGGCGAGAGAGUUGCCGGCAAGUUCUUCAGCAACGGCCUCCAGCUCGAGGUCCUCGCCGACUACCCGACCUUCUUCCGCGACUACUACUACAAGCUCAUGUCGCGGUUGAUGACGUUCCCGUUGCACACGAUCGCGGCCAUCAACGGUCACUGCUUCGCCGGCGGCCUCUGCCUCGCGUUGGCGUGCGACUGGAGGAUCUGCAGGCCCGAGCGAGCAUGGCUCAGCAUGAACGAGGUUCACUUUGGCGCGCCCAUCCCCGCCGGCAUGGCCGCCGUCCUUCACGCUCGCCUUCCUGAGCCGACGCUGCGCAAGGUGCUCCUCACCGGCCACCGCUACACGGCGCAAGAAGCGCUCAAGGAGGGCCUCGUCGACGAGGUCAUCGAGGCGACGGGCAGCGAGGGCACGAUCGCCUACGCCGUCGAGAAGGCAAAGGCCAUGAGCCCGCUCGCGGCGACUGGUGUCCUCCGCGCCAUGAAGCAGACGAUCUAUGCGCCUGUCCUUGCGCAGCUCGCGCAGAACGAGCCGCUGUCGGUCGGCGGGCCCCAGGCCGAGAACGAGGCGCUCUUCAAGCAGUUGGUCGCAGCCGAGACGAUGGCCAAGCUCUGACCGCGGCCGGUGCCUGGCAGCGUCUUUCUCUUUGUAUCACUCGACUAAGCGUCCGUAGCCUGUGCGAAUCAAAACGGUUCUUGAAUCC